AUGGAUUUACUCAUGCUCACACCAACACAGCUUGAGGUGGAUCUCAAGUUGGACCGAGAACAGCCAGUCUAUUCGGAUCGAGAUACAGUCUCAGGCGAAGUCAUUUUGCAAACUGAUUCCCCUGCCGAUAUAUCGUCAAUCUCUCUGAGCCUAUCAGCCGUAGCAAUCGCACGCCUCAAGGAUGGCAGACGCGCAGAAGUCCACCAGGGUUUGCUCACCAACCAGUGA